AUGAAAAAUGAAAUAAAAAAAAGGGUUGAAGUGUCAGUGGGGAUAAUUGAAAAUGAUAAAAAUGAAAUUUUAAUAUGUAAAAGAAAUAAAAAAGGUGAUCACCUUUAUGGAUUAUUUGAAUUUCCAGGUGGUAAAAUUGAAAAGGAUGAAACACCUAUUGAUUGUUUAAUUCGUGAAUUAUAUGAAGAAGUUGAUAUUAUUUUAUCAACCUCAACAACCUCAACAGCAACAGCAACAACAACUCCUUCACCUUCAAAUUUAUCAAACCAUAAUUCAAUGAUUAAAUUAAUUGAAAUUGUUGAAUUUGAAUUUAAAGAGAUAAUUUGUAAUAUUCAUUUCUUUAAAGUUAAUUUACAACAAAAUAUCAAACCGAAACCAAAAGAAAACCAGCCAAUGUUUUGGAUAAAAAAAACUGAAUUAAAUUAUUUACAAUUUCCAGAACCAAAUAAAGAUAUAAUUCAAUUAUUAAAUCAAAAUAAAAUUUAA